AUGCCGGGCUACGAUGCCGUCGCCGUUCCCGUGCUCGACAGCACGCUCGGAAACACGGACAUCAUGACGCGCAUCUCGCUCACCUUUCCCACGCAGCUCUCCCUCGCCCUCCUGCAAAAUUCCUGGUACGAGCUCGUGCGAGCUUGGCCGAUCCUCGCCGCACGCGUCCGCCACACACCCUCGACGCCAUCCGGCCUAUCCUUCCUCAUCCCGCAGCCGGACAAGGUCAAAGAGCUCGAACAGCGCUCACGCACAACGCACAAGGAUCUGGAAAAGCACAUCGUGAUCGUAGAUGCAUCGUCGCGCUCCAUCGCGAGCUUUCAUCCGAUCGCAGCCAAGGCGAUCGAGUCGAGCCUCAGCAGAGACACGGUCAGCGUCGGCGCAGCGCCAGACAACGCCGACAGCCUCAAGAUGACGUGCUGCAAUGCAACGACGUCGCUAAAGCAGCUGAUCGGCGCGGAUCAGGCCUACAUCACCGCGCACGCUACCGUCUGGAGCGACGCCACCACCAUCGCGCUCGCCUUCAGCCAUAUCGCAGGAGACGCCUUCAGCGUCAAGGCGAUUUUUGAGGCGUGGCGGCAGACUAUCGAGUCGGCCGCGCCUGCGCCGCUACAGGGUGUCGGCGUCGACCCGUUCAUCACCUACCUCCCUCCGCACGGCAAGAACAGCAAGUCCGAAGACACAGACAAGCGGGGCGAGCGAGAUGUCGGUUUGCCACUGGGUUUCUUCCAGUACGGAUUCAUCGACAAGGUGCGGCUCGCCUGGAACUUGAUUUCGGACAUCAAGAUCAAGCGGCCAGAGAAGAAGUUUGGCCAGUACUACAUGUACAUGCCCGAGGAGAAAGUGCAGGCACUCAUGGCGCAAGCGCGUGCCGAUGUCGAUGCGCUCGUGUCGGCGUCGGACGACAGCGAGAAGCAGGCGCUCGAUACGCGGAUCAGCACGUUCAACGUGCUGCUUGCGUGGCUGCUGCAGAACAUCCACGCGGCGAAUCCGAAACGCAAGCGCAUGAGCACCGUCAUGACCAUUGUGAAUGCCAAGACGCGACCGCCUGCUCGACACGAUCCCUCCGACUAUCCUCCACACCAGCUAUGGGGCGGAGCACUGGGUGUGCCGCUGGAACCCCUCGCUUCGGGAGACUAUGCUUCCCUGCCACUGGGACAGUUGGCACUGCACAUCCGCACUUCGCUCACCGCGCAGAUCGAACCCGCCAACAUGCAGGCGAACAUUGUUACGCUUCUCCGCCACACGCGGUGGGCCAAGCCUUCGGGAAAACUGAUCUUCUUUGCACGCCCCAACCACUACCUCUCCGGCUGCACCGAGUGGCGUUCGACGCGCUUUGGCGAGGUGGAUUUCGGCGCGGCUGCUUCGCCCCCUUCGAGCGUGAAGCCGGUGGCGAUCGGGACGGAUAUGGAGAUCGCCGUGUCGAAGCGCAAUCGCUGGGUGAUUUUUGGCGAUGUGGGUGGCGGUGUGUGGUUCUCGGGAUUCAUGACGCACAAGGAGGCCACGCACAGGGAUGGGUUUGGAAGGUACCAGCAUGUGCAGUAA